AUGUCGAACCAUGAAGGAGCCAACAACCAGCCCUUGGAGCACCACUCCGAGGCUGAGAAUGGGCGUGGACGAGGCACAGACCUCGGUCCCACGACACGAGCUAGAGCACGCGCAACCGAGGCUCAAACGGGAACUGUAGAAGCACGUCUACGAGCUCUCGAGGAGGCCGAGGUUGAGCAAGACGCACGCACGGAUGGUCUUGAGCAGGAGAUCUCCGCUGUGAGUGAAUCGACCAAGCAUGUCCUAGACAACUUGGAGCAGCAAGCCCGAGCCGAUAGAGACAUGACCGACGAAAACUUUCGUCUUGUUCGUGAAAACCACGAUCGCGAGGUAGGUGAUCUACGUACCCUAGUCCAUAAUCUAACUCGUGAAUGCAGGUCCCUUCGUGAGAUGGUGCAACAAGCCCCUGUUCAUGACCGAGACCAUGCACCGAGGGAGCAAGUCAUCCGCGGACCCGAGCCAAAACCCUACAAUGGAGCGAGGAACUCUUCUACGGUAGAAUCUUUUCUCUUUAGUAUGGAACAGUACUUUGAUGGUGCAGGGGUCACGGGUGAGAUGGCCAAGGUUAAGGGCGCCGGGAACUACCUCCAAGACUUAGCACAAUUGUGGUGGAGAAGGACCUUGUUGGACCAAGAGCGCCGGAUCACCACUUGGGAUCAAUUCAAGGCUGCCUUGCGUCAACAAUUCGUGCCCUCCAAUGCAAGGGAUGAGAUACGGACACGUUUCCGUAGGCUUCGACAAACAGGAAGUAUCUCGGACUAUGUCCGAGAAUUCUCUUCACUUUUACUUGAGCUUGGUGAUGUUAGUGAUCAAGAUGCCCUCUUUCACUUCAAAGACGGGUUAAAAGACUUUGCUCGUCUAGAAGUGAAUAGGAGGGAAGCUAACACUUUGAAUGCAGCUAUUUCUGUUGUAGAGGGACUUACGGACUACAGCGUAGCUCGUCCGAACAUUCCCCACAAGCCGAGAGACGGGAACAGACCCCCCAACCCGAGAGCCGGGAACAGGCCACGUCCGAACCCCUCUCACCAUGGACAGCCACGGACGGACAGACCUAACCAAGGGAGCUUCAAUGGACAAAACCGAAAGGCCAAGCCACCCCCGAGUCCGUGCUUCCUAUGCCAAGGACCUCAUUGGGUCUGUGACUGCCCAAAACAGAAGAAGAUGAACGCGGUGACCAGCCAACCGAGCAAGGGCAAGGGCAAAGUCACCGAGGACGAAGGCCAAGCCAUCGUCGGUUCUCUACACCGCUUCGGGACGUUGUCCAAGCCGACCAUCCCCGAGGAUGACAAGAACACCGAGACCAAGUCUAAAGGCCUCCUUUACGUGGACGUAGAGAUAUACGGACUCACGUUCUUCCGAUCCGUGAGCACAUUCAUCCCCGCAUCCACGACGACUCUAGUAAUCAUCGACAAAGACAAGCCAACCGUGGUGCCCCUCAAAGCCACACCUACCGCGUCUUCUACCCUCACGGCCAUGCAGUUCAAACGAGGAGUCAAGAACUCCGAGUCCUACUUGGCCACUGUCCGAGAGCUCAACCAAGGAGAUGAGACGGAUAAGCCGGAUCAACCCACGAUCCCGGCCGAGGUAAGACGUGUCUUGAAUGAAUUUUCAGAUGUCAUGCCCGAGGAACUCCCCAAGAGGCUUCCCCCGAGACGUGGCAUAGAUCACGCUAUUGAGCUGAUCCCCGGAGCCAAGCCACCAGCAAUGCCCCCCUAUCGCAUGGCUCCUCCCGAAUUGGCCGAGCUCAAGAGGCAAAUCGAAGACCUACUCGAGGCCGGUUACAUUCAGCCCUCAAAGGCACCAUACGGCGCUCCCGUUCUAUUCCAAAAGAAGAAGGACGGAUCCCUAAGGAUGUGCAUCGACUACCGAGCAUUGAACAAGGUAACGGUCAAGAAUAAAUACCCUAUUCCACUAAUAGCCGACUUGUUUGAUCAGCUCAAGGAUGCACGAGUAUUCUCUAAGCUCGACUUGAGGUCGGGAUAUUACCAAGUGCGCGUUGCCGAAGGAGACGAACCCAAGACCGCGUGUAUAACAAGGUAUGGGUCAUUCGAAUUCAAGGUAAUGCCCUUUGGUCUCACCAAUGCCCCAGCUACAUUUUGCACCAUGAUGAACCAAAUAUUCCAUGAUUAUUUGGACAAAUUUGUUGUGGUCUACUUGGAUGAUAUUGUUGUAUAUAGCCGAGACUUGAGUGAGCAUGUAGGUCAUCUAAGGACUGUCUUGAACGUCCUCCGAGACAACGAGCUAUACAUCAAGCUCGAAAAGUGCAGCUUCGCCCAAACCGAGGUGGAGUUCCUAGGCCACUACGUCAAGGAAGGACGUCCUAGGCCACUACGUCAAGGAGGGACGGCUCUUGAUGGAUCCGAAGAAGAUCAAGUCGAUCCAAGAGUGGGCUGUUCCGAGGACUCUCCCACAGUUACGGUCCUUCCUAGGAUUGGUUAA